CCAGACAGGCAUUUGUAGAGGGAGCAUGUGACCAGCUAACCAGGAAGCCAGACUGCCUGUAAGGAGGAGUGUAGCUGAGAGACAGAUGAGGUGAGCAGCCUGGUUUGCAACUAUGUGCCUGCAGCUCGUGGAUCUCUUUUUUUUACUAGACAAAAACAAGACCAUGUGCUGUUGGUGAUGUUUUUUAAAGCUCUACCUGAGUGGCUUUCUACCUGGGAAACAUGGCGGAAUCCGGCGGAGGGGAAUUUGUCUCCAUCCGGCAGAGCAGCUGUGUGUUUGGGGUCAUUAUCAUGCUGCAGAAUGAAUUUGGAACCAAUCCGAUGCCUCCCUGAUACUACUGCAUGACGCAUAAGGAUCUACUUGUACUGCAUUGAGACGUUUGGCUUUGUUUACAACUUGGCAGAAUGGCUUUUUGGUCGCAACUCUUUCAAGAAGACCAUGCAUGGCAGAUAAGAGCAGCAGUGUGAAAUGUACCUUUUCUGCUCCUGGCCACAGCACAACUCUCUUACAAGGACUAACCACACUGCGCGCUCAGGGCCAGCUGCUCGAUGUUAUUCUUACAAUAAACAAUGAAGUGUUUCAAGUUCACAAAGUGGUCCUCGCAGCUUGCAGUGACUACUUCAGGGCAAUGUUCACUGGAGGCAUGAGGGAAGCAAACCAAGAUGUUAUUGAAUUAAAAGGUGUCUCUUCUAGAGGACUUAGACACAUCAUUGACUUUGCAUAUAGUGCAGAAGUAACUUUAGACCUAGACUGCAUUCAUGAUGUUUUAGGAGCAGCAGUAUUUCUUCAGAUGGUACCAGUUGUGGAGCUUUGUGAAGAAUUUUUGAAGUCUGCAAUGAGUGUGGAAACGUGCUUGAAUAUUGGACAAAUGGCUACAACCUUUAGUUUGGCAUCUCUAAAAGAGUCUGUUGACUCAUUCACGUUUAAGCACUUCCUUAAGAUUGCUGAAGAAGAAGAUUUUCUUCAUUUGCCUUUGGAAAGAUUGGUUUUCUUUCUUCAAAGCAAUAAGCUGAAAAACUGCAGUGAAAUAGAUUUAUUUCAUGCUGCAAUUCGUUGGCUACAGUUUGACUAUUCUCGCCGUGCUAAUGCUAGCCGUGUCCUUUGCCAUAUUCGUUUUCCAUUAAUGAAGUCUUCAGAAUUGGUGGACAGUGUUCAAACAGUAGAUAUAAUGGUGGAGGAUGCAUUAUGCAGACACUAUCUUCUUGAAGCUUUCAACUACCAAAUAUUGCCAUUCCGGCAGCAUGAGAUGCAAUCUCCUAGAACAGUAAUUAGAUCCGAUGUCUUUUCACUCGUUACAUUUGGUGGCACGCCUUAUACAGAUAAUGACAGAACAGUGAGCAACAAAGUGUACUACUUACCAGAUAUAUGUGCUCGGCAAUUUAAGGACCUAAAUGAAAUGGAAAUAGGAUGCAGCCAUGCUUGUGUUGCAGUGCUUGAUAAUUUUGUCUAUGUUGUAGGUGGACAGCUUUUGCAGUACAGAAGUGGUGAGGGAGCUGUUGAUGUCUGUUUUCGCUAUGAUCCCCAUUUAAAUCAGUGGUUGCGCAUACUGGCCAUGCAGGAGAGCAGAAUUCAGUUCCAACUCCAUGUUUUGAAUGGAAUGCUAUAUGCUACUGGAGGGCGAAACCGCUCUGGAAGUUUGGCAUCUGUGGAGAGGUACUGUCCAAAAAACAAUGAAUGGACCUAUGUUUGUUCACUUAAACGAAGAACAUGGGGGCAUGCUGGUGCUACACUUGGUGGAAGGCUCUAUAUAUCAGGAGGUUAUGGAGUAUCUGUUGAUGAUAAAAAAUCUCUUCAUUGUUAUGAUCCUUCUGUAGAUCAGUGGGAAUUCAAAUCUCCAAUGAAUGAACCAAGAGUCCUGCAUGCAAUGGUUGGAACAAAAAAUAGAAUUUAUGCUCUUGGAGGACGGAUGGACCAUGUUGAUCGAUGUUUUGAUGUGUUGGCUGUUGAGUAUUAUGUUCCAGAGACUGACACGUGGACAACAGUGAUCCCAAUGAAAGCUGGGCAAUCUGAGGCAGGUUGCUGUCUGUUGGAUAAGAAGAUUUAUAUUGUAGGUGGCUACAACUGGCACUUAAACAAUGUGACUAGUAUUGUCCAGGUAUAUAAUACAGAAACUGAUGAGUGGGAAAGGGACCUUCACUUUCCAGAAUCAUUUGCUGGAAUAGCAUGUAUAUCUGUCAUAUUACCACAAAUUAUAUCUCAGAGAUAACCAAAUACGAAAUAAGAAUAAAAGGUACAAAGUUUAAAAUCUAGGACUAUUUUUUAUACUCCAAAAUAUUGCACAUUAAAAGGUAAAGAAAGAUUAUAUGACGUGUUUUAUAUUCAAAUGUGUAUUGCAUUAAGUGAUUCAGUUAUACUGUGUGAACUAUUAAAAUAGAAGAAAUGUAAAGGGGAGAAUCCUGUUUUAAGAACAUGCAGACUGACUUUUUUUACAGUGUUAGAAGGGAAACCAUACACCCUAAAACCAAAACAGCUUGGUGCAUUCAAGAUAGGAGGUUGACCUCCAAAAACCCUCCAAGAAUAAAAGACUACAUUGGAUAUUUUAAACUGUAUGUAGUGCUCCAGCUUUUACACUUUUGCCUUUGUGUACUGAUGAGAUGUUUAAGGUAACCAUCCACAGAAAGAUCUACUUGUUUAGAGAGGUUAAAAAAAAAGCAAAUUAUUACCCAUUUUAGUCUCCAAACUGGUUAGCCAAAGGGCCCCUCUGAUCCAAUUUUUAUUCUGUAACCCUUGUUUGUUAUAUAGUUGUAAGACCUCUCUUUGUUUUAAAUCAAAGUUAAGUGCUGUGAAACUUGCUGGUGCUAUAUAAAUAAGUGAUGAUGAUGGUCCAGUUGUUGGGGCCAGAAACAAUAUUUGUUUCAAAGAUUGGCCUAUGCAGGCACAUUAUCCAUUAAGCUCUUCUAUAUAUAGUUCCCUUUUAGACUGAGAUUCUUGAAUAUUUUCAGCUCAAGCAUAAAAUCAAUUCAUUAAAAUCCCUUGUCUUGUUUAUAAUGAUGUAAGAGACAGAGCUAAAAUUAUUACAUUAAAAUGCUGACUACUGAUGAGAAACAGAAUUAUCAGUAUACCUGGGAAUUAUGUCAAUACACUCCUAUUAAAUUUUUCAUGGGCAUCUUCCCAGGAUACUCAACUGAAAAAAAGUGUAUACUUACAUAUACAUAUACACAAAACUUGUCCUGGUUUGGCCAAAUGGCCACUAUUCAAUGAAGUGCAUGUGAAAUCCUGCAGUUGCUGUCAGGUCCAGCCAGGUGGUAAUUGGUAGUGUUCUGGGAUGCAAUUUAUUGGGACAAGCUAACCAGGUGCAGUGACUUUCACUGCAAGGUGCUUGUAGUAUGUAUGGAUGCAGGUACCUUUGAAAACAGAAUCAAUGCACUUUAAUAUUACAUCCAUUGGGGAAGGGGGGGGGGGGGGGGGCUGCCAUGGGGCCAUUAGUUAGAAAACCUACCUCCAGAUCCUUAGGAUUCAAUUUUAAAAUUGACUAGCUCAAAUCCAGUCUCUUCAUUUUUCCCUUCUUGUUACUCCAUCCUAGACCAUCUUAAGCUAAAAAAGUUACACUAAAUGGCCAGAAGUAUGUGGCACCUAUUGUUCUAACAUGUUAUUUCAAAACCAAGAGUAUUGAUGAAAUUAUAAGGGGUGUAUGCAUACUUGUGGCUAUAUUGUGUAUAUAAUGCAGCUUUACAUAUAGGAAUAAAGCAAACUGAUCUAUGUAAUGGAUAAAUUUUUUGUGAAUAAAAUCAGAAUUCUGUCUGUAAAUUUGAAAUCAAAAAGAUUAAAACAUGUAUUGUAUAGAUGUACUUUGACUUAACAAACAAUAACGGGCAUUGGAUAUGUAGGAGAAAUGUGUUUUUCCAGUAGCGAAACUUUGCACAUAUUGUCUUUACUUGUAUGCAGUGUUUUAAUUUCCCUGCAUAACCUUACCUAUAUUUAGGUAAAAAUAUUAGAAAACUGUGAUCAUUUUGUUUUAUCUGUACAUUACUACUAAUGCAAGCACAAAAAAAUAAAUUAAGCUAGCUUAUUAAAGCAGUUGUCUAUUCAAAUGUCAAUAUCGUUUAAUCAAUAUGGUGACUGAAAAUCCAAACCUGCUGCAAUAUUCUGUGUUGCUUUUUAAAAGAGCGUUGAAACUGUAUCUGUGGGUACUGGCAUUGCAUUGGGCUGGUAUAUAACGGUGUAUACAGCUGUAAAGCUGGCCAUACACGCACCAAUAAAAUCUUACAAAGAUUUUCA